UUGGCUACGGAUCGGCGUGAACUUGAUCGCAACGUGUGCAGGUAGCGGGUUAUGCUGACGGUGGCGCAAACAUACUUAUACAUACAUAGAGUAAAUUUUGUGAUUUGGCAUAUACAUUACGGAAUUGUCUUAGUUUGAUAAGCAUAUUGGAGACAUCGAUUCGUUAUUUUGAAAAGUGAUUUUAGUGAAUACUAGUACAUGUAGAGCAAAAGAAAUGAAAAUUGCUUUAAAAAUCGUAAUUUAAAAUGAAUAAAACGCUAUUUUAUUCUGAUAUUGUAUAAAGUGCAAGAAAGUGUAAAAUUUACAAAAAAAAAAAAAAAAAAAAAAAAAAAAAAAAAAAAAAAAAAAAAAAAAAAAAAAAAAAAAAACAAGAGAAAAAGAAAUAGUGAAUGAGUUGUCUAGAAACUCAUUGAAAGUGAUUAACGAAAUACAAACGAAGUACAUCAAAUAAAAACAACAGUCAGCAUAAUUAAUUUAAGUGCUCAGAAAUCCAAAAAGUACUGUAAUAAAAAGUUGAUAAAAAAAUUUAAUUGUAUUUCUAAGAAUACAGUACAGUAUAACCGCACAAUUCUCAAAGGACACGGUGCUGAUGCCUAGCGUAUUGAAAAAAUGACUAGUUUUCAAAAUGAACUUGGCGAAUGUGUGUGGGUGCGGCCACAAAAUGCCGGUGACAAUGAGUUUGUGGUGCCUUUUGGUGCGCGCGUCAUACGCACGGAGAAGGCACGCACACUUAUUGCCAAUGAUGAGGGUAAGCAAUUUUGGGUGCCCGCAGAGGAUGUACUGAAAGCGAUGCAUAUCACAUCACAGCAAGGUGUCGAUGAUAUGAUUACGCUGGGCGAUUUGCAGGAGUACGCAAUUUUACGCAACUUGGAGAUGCGUUACGCCAAACAGCUUAUUUAUACCUAUACCGGCUCCAUGCUGAUCGCGCUCAAUCCCUACCAAGUGCUGCCCAUCUACACGAACCGUGAGAUCGCCAAGUAUCGCGGCAAGAAGAUUAGCGAACUGCCACCGCAUAUAUUUGCCAUCAGCGACAACGCCUUCCAGCAGUUGAAACGCGAACGCAUGAAUCAAUGCAUCGUGAUUAGCGGCGAAUCGGGUGCGGGCAAAACCGAAAGCACCAAACUCAUACUACAGUAUCUGGCCGCCAUUAGCGGCAAGCACGCUUGGAUCGAGCAGCAAAUUAUCGAGGCCAAUCCAAUUUUGGAGGCAUUCGGCAAUGCGAAAACGGUACGAAAUGACAACUCAUCGCGUUUUGGCAAAUACAUAGAGAUACGUUUCACCGAUGCGGGCACGAUACAGAGUGCAAAUAUUGAGCAAUAUCUUUUGGAGAAGUCCCGUAUUGUGGCGCAGUCGCGCGACGAGCGCAAUUAUCACAUUUUCUAUUGCAUGUUGGCGGGUCUGAGUGACGCUGAACUGGCGCGUCUCGAACUUUUGGAUAGAUCUUCUAGAAAGUAUCACUAUUUAUCACAGGGUGGCUGCCAUGAGUUGCAGUGCAAAAGUGAUGCGAAAGAUUAUGCUGACAUACGCGCAGCUAUGAAGGUGCUCUCUUUUGGCGCUGAGGACGUGUGGAGUAUAUUUAGUCUAUUGGCUGCCAUUUUACAUCUCGGCAAUAUGUACUUCAAAGCGACGGUGGUACAAAAUAUGGACGCCACUGAGGCCAACGAUAUCGUGAGUUUACAGCGUGUAGCCUCACUGCUGGGCGUUACAAAGCAAGCUUUGGCCAAUGCGCUGACAUACAAGACUAUCUUUGUGCAUGGCGAACGUGUUGUGACCAGUCUCUCGCGUGAAAUGGUCAUCGAAGGCCGUGACGCAUUCGUGAAGUCGUUGUAUGGCGCGAUUUUCAUACGCAUCGUUGAACGCAUAAAUGCGACGAUCAAUACGAAGGGUAAGUCUUCGAAACCGCUAAAUACGAUCGGUGUACUGGAUAUCUUUGGAUUUGAAAAUUUCGCCGACAACAGUUUCGAGCAAUUGUGCAUCAAUUAUGCGAAUGAGAAUCUGCAGCAGUUCUUUGUGCGACACAUUUUUAAGAUGGAGCAAGCGGAAUAUGAGCAAGAGAACAUAAAGUGGCAACACAUCGACUUUCAAGAUAAUCAAGAGAUAUUGGACUUGAUUGGCAUGAAGUCAGUGAAUAUUAUGUCACUCAUUGACGAAGAAUCGAAGUUUCCCAAAGGCACCGAUAAUACAUUGCUGGAAAAGUUGCAUGUGCAACAUGGCAAUCGAUCCAUAUAUGUCAAACCUAAAUCUAAUCAAGCCGCUCUCUUUGGUAUAAGACAUUAUGCUGGCGUGGUUAUGUAUAACCCUAAUGGAUUUUUGGAGAAAAAUCGUGACUCGUUCAGCAUGGACCUGCUGGAGAUGGUUAAGAAAUCAAAAAAUAAGUUUCUCAAAGAUAUUUUUCCAAUACAACUGCCAUACGACACAAUGAAGAAACAGUUGACAUUAUCCGUUAAGUUCCGGAAUUCAUUGGAUCUGCUCAUGCGCACACUAUCUGCGGCUCAUCCCUUCUUUAUUAGAUGCAUUAAACCUAAUGAGGAUAAGAAGUCUGAUUUAUUUGACCGCGAGCUUUGCGUGCGCCAGCUGCGCUACUCCGGCAUGAUGGAGACGGCACGCAUACGACACGCCGGUUACCCCAUACGUCACAGCUACAAGGACUUCGUAGAACGCUAUCGCCUGCUGCUGCCGAAGCUCGGUCCAACCAACACCAUCGACUGUCGACAAGUGACCGAACAAAUAUGCAAAAAAUUACUACCGGCCACGGCUGAUUAUCAGUUCGGCCGACAGAAAGUAUUCCUAAAAGACAUUGACGAUACAUACCUGGAGAAGGAGCGUGCGCGCAUAGUACUAAAAUCAAUUAUAGCCAUACAACGCGGCUUUCGGCGCGUACUCUUCCGACGUCAACUGCGACGUUAUCGCGAAGCAGCGCUCGUCAUACAGAAAGUGUGGCGCGCCUACAAGUACCGACGCGCAUUCCGCAUUGCGCGACAGGGCUUCCAUCGCUUAGGCGCUUGCAUUGCACAAAAGCAAUUGACGCAUCAAUUCACGAGAUUGCGCAGUCAUGUGAUCCACUUGCAGGCUUACUGCCGCGGCCAUUUGGCACGGCAGGCAUUUAAACAGCGUCGCCAACGUUACAAAGAUAUGCAGGCGUUCCGCGCUUCGGAAGCAUUGCUAGUACGACAAGCGCUCGAACACCAGCAGGUCGAGCGCGAGCGACAGUCGCGCCUCAGCGCAAAUGCAGCGGCCGCAGCAGUGGCGACAACGGCGCCAAAACCGACGUCACACACAACUCCAAUAGCCACACAGGUGCACAUGAAUGGCGGGCUGGCUGUGAAUGGUAAGAACGGCGUCAAUGGUUUUAAUGGCGUGCCUGUGCCUGCGCAGCGGCAAAUCAAAGAAACGCUCAAUGACAAUUACAUCGAUCUGGAGUCGUCGAAACAGAUUGUGGACGACGUGUUUGGUUUCCUCGACGAUGCCGAUGUGAGUCCGCCCGUCGUUUCGAAUGUCCGGGAGAAAUCUUUGAUGUUCGAACGCGAAUUGCGUCUGAAAAAGAAUAUACCCAUUAAACUGCUAUCACGUCCGGUGAAUUAUUAUGAGGCACCACCAGCGCGUAAAUUGUCGAAUCAAACGAGAUUAUAAGCUAGAAUUAGUUGUGAGCCGCCAUUAGGGCUUAAGUGUGUUUGGUACGCUGUACAUAGUUGGCUAGAAGACGUGUGUAUAUAACGAAAUUGUAUUUUUUUGUAUUGCUACUGGAAAACGAGUGAGCUUUAAAAUAUGCUAUUAACAUUUGUAGUCGAAAUAAAAACAAGAAAUGUAUUACAUAGUAUUGUACUAAUUUGUUGCUGUGUGGCACAAGUUUUAGCCGCCGGUUUUCAUUUCAUACUCAUGACACUUUGCCUAUGAAAUACCGUUAGCAAACGUUGUUGAAACUAUCACUUGCACAUCUAUGUACAUACAUACGUUGUUAGCUUAUAUUUGCCAUCUAUAUUUUAGUAAUUAUUUUAAGCGUAGUGUUAAUUGUCAAAUGAGAGCAGCAUUAAUGCAGCAAAAGUUGAAAAAUUGUAUGGUAAUGUUUUUUCUUAAGCAUUGAUUUGACUCAUUUACGUGUAACGAUUUGCUUUAGUGUGCAUUUCAAUAUUUUGUUGUGCUCUAAGACGUUUGUAAAUAAAUAUUUUUUACAUUAUUAUGCAA